AUGAGUAUGGAAGAAAACAACAAUGCAACACCAUUAGGGGAACAAACAACUUUCGUUGCCCCGUCAUCAAAUGUUCGACUGAAGACAGACGUGGCUUGGAGAUAUGUUAAUGAAUUACAAGAUGAACAUGGAAGGAAAUCAUACUUCUGCACAUUUUGUCAAAAAACUUUUCAUGGUGGAGGUAUUAACAGAAUGAAACAACACCUUGCGGAAGUAAAAGCAAAGGAGAAGCGCGGUUGUUCUUUGGGAAUACAUACUAAUUUGGAUGAAGAUGAAGAAGUACAAAAACAAACAACUAAAACGAGCAAGAGGAAAGCUUCUUCAAACUUGCAAUCAUUCUUUAAACGAGGUAUAAAUGAUCUUUCUCAACCAUCGAUUAAAUCUUCUAUGCAAAGUAAAGAGAGAUCACAUGAUACGGAUAUGGCUCUUGCUUUGUGGUUUAACGAUGCUUGUAUUCCUAUGAAUGCCAUGAAUUCUCCACUUUUUCCAAUUGCUAUGAGUAAGAUAGCUAGCAUGGGGCAUGGGUACAACGGACCUUCUUAUCAUGAUAUACGUGUUAAUUUGUUGAAAGAUGCAAAACAAUCUGUGCACCUUAUUGUUGAGUCUUAUCAAAAAAAUUGGUUAGAAACGGGUUGCACAAUUAUGAGUGAUGGGUGGAGGGAUACUAGGCAUAUACCACUUAUCAAUUUUCUAGUUUAUUUCUCAAAAGGAAAAUCUUUUAUCAAAUCUGUGGAUGCAUCUGAUAUUGAAAGUAAUGCACAAACGUUAUGCAACUUGUUUUCUGAAAUAGUUAAAAUAGUUGGUCUUAAGAAUGUUGUUCACAUGAUUACUGAUAAUGCUGCUAACUACAAAGCUGCUGGAAAAUUGUUAUGUGAGAAAUAUCCUUCUUGGUUGUUGAAUUGGCUGAGAAAAAGACCUGGGUGGACAGAAAUCAUUCAUCCUGGUGCCACUCGUUUUGGUAUCGCAUUUAUUGCAUUAAAGAGCUUACAUGACCAUAAAAAUGAUUUACAAGCUAUGGUCACCUCUAAUGAUUUUAAGAAAGUUAUAAAAUUGCCAAAAGCCAUAGAAGUUAAACUUAUAAUUCUAGAUGAAACUUUUUGGAAGAAUUGCUUGAUCUCGGUGAAUGUGAUGGCACCAUUGUUGAGACUUCUGCGUGUUUGUGACUCGGACGAGAAACCUUCUUUGGGCUAUGUGUAUGAGGGAAUGUAUCGGGCGAAAAACGGCAUCAAAAAACUAUUUCGAUUCAAAAAGGUUUUAUAUAGGUCGUAUACCAAUAUAAUCAAGGCUCGGUGGGAUAGGAUGUUGAGAAAGAGUCUUCAUGUUACAGCUUAUUGGUUAAAUCCAAUCUUUCAAUAUGAUCAAGAAACCUUUUGCCAAAAAGCAGAGGUUUUUUCAGGGGUCAUUGAGAUGGUUGAGAAAAAGCUUCUCGAAAGUGUACUCGUCCAGAGCGUUGAAAUGACUGAUAGUUUCGAGCAUGGUUGUGAGGAUAGGAUGGAGAGACGAGCAUCAGUUUCAGUGAAGAGUUCUUGCCUAGAGCAGAGGAUCAAGGGAUUUUUGUAA